GUUCUGUUCGUCAUCAUGAGCGCAGGCAACUUUCGUCUUCGUAUAUGCAGGGAUCUCUUCCGCACGCUCGUCGUUCCACCCCUUGUUCUUGCCGCUGGCUGUCGAUGGGGAGACAUUCGUCUAGGAUACUGGUCUUUGCCCGCCUACCUGUUAUCAAUAGUAGUGGCAUUCUUCGCUAGAGUUCAGUACUCAGAACUUCUCCAAGCGAGAGAAGCGCGACAACUCGGUGCACGUCCGAUACCUCGCGUUGUCGGGAAAUGGCCUGGCAACAUCGACGUGAUGCUCAGACUCAGCAAAGCGUUCAAAGAUUCGUACAUCUAUGACCCCUAUCUCGAACUUUUCGAGGAGUAUCAGUCAACUACCCUCAACACCCGCAUCUUGUGGACUGACAGCAUCAUCUCGAUGGAUCAGGAGCACUGCAAGUAUGUGCUUGCAACUGGUUUCAGUCACUUCUGGCGAGGGACCGCCCAACGCGAGAGAAUGGAACAUUUUCUCGGGAGCGGCAUUUUCAACCGUGACGACGAGGCAUGGAAGAACCACCGCACCGUUGCCCGCCCAUUCUUUGCCCGCAACAGAAUAUCUGAUUUCGACUUGAUCGAGAAGCACGCCCAACGAACACUUUCGAUUGUUUCUCAGAUGGCGGAGUCCAACAGGCCCUGUGACUUGCAGGACCUGUACGCACGCUUCAGCCUCGAUGCGGCAUCCGAGUUUCUCUUCGGAUCCAAUCUGGACACGCUCUCUAAGACUAUGCCACAGCCGGGCGAACAGAAGUUCAACGAGAGAGGUUCUUGCACUGAAGACUCGUGGGGCACGUUCGUGCAGGCGUUCGAGGGUUCUCAACAGCUCGUUAUGAUGCGGGGUCGCGCUGGCGUGAUUUGGCCUCUCAAGGAGCUGUUCGGAGACAAGAUGUCUCCUUAUGCGGCGACGAUCAAGGAGUGGAUUAACCCGCUCGUUCUGGAUGCUCUGAGACACAAGAAGAUUAACCCAGGCAGCCCUAUCGCUGAGAAGAACUUCCUUGAGCAUCUGGCAGAUAGCACAGAGGAUGCCGAUGUGAUUCGUGAUCAAUUGCUAAGCAUGCUGCUGGCUUCACGCGACACAACUGCUUGCCUCUUGACCUACGUAACGUACUUCAUGGCUAUGCAUCCUGAUGUCACUCAGAAGCUCCGCCGGGAGGUGCUCUCUGUUUGUGGUCAAUCAACCCCAACGUUCGAGAACAUCAAGCAGAUGCGUUAUAUGCGAGCCGUCAUCGACGAAACCCUCCGCUUGUUCCCCCCUGUACCCCUGAACCAGCGACAGAGCCGCCCCACGUCAUGCACCCUCCCGCCACCUGAUCCCACCUUCCCUGCCGAGUCUAGGCAACCACUUUACAUGCCGAAGUCGACUACCUUUUUCUACUCGACUCUGUUGAUGCAGCGUAACAAGGCACUGUGGGGGCCUGAUGGAGACAAGUUUGAUCCAGAGCGCUGGAUCGAUCCCCAACGCCUCUCCAAGUUUACAUCUAAUCCCAUGAUGUUCACCCCCUUCAGCGCUGGUCCGCGUAUAUGCAUCGGACAGAACUACGCAUACAACGAGGCGUCCUAUUUCCUGGCGCGGCUGCUCCAACGAUUCGACACCUUCUCGCUCGCUCCGGAUGCGCAGCCCGGCUCGUCACUGCCCCCUCAAGAGUGGAAAUGCGGGCGCGGGCGCAAGGCGGUAGAGCAGAUUCGCCCUGAGGCCGCGAUGACCCUCUUUGUCAAGGGAGGCCUCUGGGUGAGAAUGGGCAAGGCAUCCACACAUUAGCUAUCGAGGCUCUGCUGCGGCGAGGACGGAGGACGCUACUUAUUCCAUCUCAUCCACGGAUUCCGGUAUUUAUCCCUACAUUUAUUUCUGGUAUCGAGGGGGCACAUUUGUAUAUUUCGGUCACCACAUUGUUGGACAUGUAUCAUUAUCAUCUAUAUAGACUUUUCACGACAAUGACACGCUUAUGAUCAAACGGGAUGGAACGAGUGAAAGAAUGGAAAACACGCUAGUAUUUUGAGAGUGUUGAUCUCAUUAGGAUUCGGCUUUGUACCUCGGGCUUCACUAUAGGCAAUCCUUCGUCCGUACGUCCGACGACUACAGCGGCACGCGCCCGGUCGACGGCCCGGUCGACCUCGUCCUCCCUGUCCGAGUCAGACUCUUGCCUUCCCUCACUGGGUGAUGGAGCGGAGGCAUGAUCAUUCCCGCGGAAGACUUGCAUAAGCAACGAGGCAUCUGUCAUCGCACUCUCCUCGCCCACGAGCGUGGGCGCCCCGCGGAACAGCUCGUACCCGUCAAAGCCCUCCGCGAUGAACGCAAUCAUGGCCACUGUAUACUCGGCAUUCCGCUCCAGCGGCUUCACGCCGGCGCUGUCCACGUUCCCCGGCGCAUCCGUACUCGCACCUGUCAAUGUCGAUGUCACGUCUGAAUGGGCAGCAUUGGCAGAAGUAUGCCCCGGAACGAGGGAGGCGCUCAGGACGCGCGAGCCGACCGGGCGAGCGCGGUCCACCUCGAUGCACAGCCCCGAGAUCUGGAAGAAGCGCCCGUCGACGAUGUCCGACACCGAGUUCUCGAGCGCGGCGAGGAGCGUCGCGCCCGUGAGACGCUUGACCACGAACGCGUUGUCGAACGGGACUACG